GUAGUACUUGUCUGGCCAGACGGCAGUACUCGUGGUAGUGCCGAAUGUCAUGGCUGAGUCGACUUGCGGGAACGGUACAUGUAGGCCUGCGUGCAUCCAAUCCGCCCAAAGAAAAGGAAGGACUGCGCGUACACGUAGGAAGCAAUCCGCCAGCCAGAAAUUUCACUCACUAUCCCAUCAAUCUUCCUACGUGAAUUUGUUUACAUGGUUGAAACGGAAAUUCGAUUGCCGAUUUAAGAACUUAGUGGUUGUGGAUUUCCCUGAUACAGGCAGGGGCUUAAUGACCACAGUUUCUCUCAGUCCAGGGAACAAGAUCAUAUCACUACCUAUAGAAGCGCUUGUAACUACAGAAACAGUCUUGGCCUCAACGGCUGGACAAUUUAUCAAACGGUAUAGGCCUAAGCUGACGGCACAGGAAGCUCUCUGUGUGUUCCUUAUGUAUGAGAGGCAUCUCGGAAAAGCUUCAGAGUGGAUGCCCUACAUCAACCUACUUCCUGAAUCCUUCUCCACACCUGGCUACUUCAGCGAAUCCGAGCUGCUCUCACUACCCCAAAAUGCAAAGGAGAAAACAAGAGAACACCUGAAAACAUUAGAUAAAAGUUACAAAAAUGUAAGGCAUUUCUUUUAUGAGUGCUGGGAAGAAAUGCAGCCAUUUUUAUCUAGGUCGGACUUUCUCUGGAGCUGGUAUGCUGUUAACACACGGAGUGUGUACCUAGAGUUACCUCCCUCUAGUCACCUUCAGGCUCAGGACCAGUGCAUGGCUUUAGCACCAGUUCUUGACCUGUUGAAUCAUUCACCUUAUACUCAGGUCAAAGCUGGAUUAAACAAAUCCAAGAGCCAUUUUGAGAUUAUAACUUAUGGCUGUUACAAGCCUUAUGAGCAAGUGUUCAUUGCCUACGGAGCCCAUGACAACGUGAAACUGUUCUCAGAAUAUGGCUUCACGGUCCCUCGAAACCCAAACAAUGUCUUUCAGUUUUCUAAAGAACAUUUGAAAGCUUUACUUACAACAUUUGAUGUGUCCAAUCUGCCUGAAAAAUCUACCUGCAUACGAGAAGCCCAACUGAAGUGUCUCACUGCAAAUGAGGAUGGGUUGUCAUGGAAACUUGUUACAUUUCUGAGAAUUGUAUCAAUGACAUGGGAUGAAUUACAAAACUGGAAGGUCGCUCUGCAAGGAAAUCCUGUGUCUAUGCAAAAUGAAGAACUUGUUAAAAAGAUGGCAAUGUGGCUGAUGAAAAGGGCAAUGGAUGAAAAUCAGUCCACAAGUAAGGGAGAUGAUUGCAGUCUGAGAAUUCAUCAGCAGCUGGUCAAGUCUCUGCAUGAGGAUGAAUUACAUAUCCUCCAGGUGUGUCAGGGCUUACAGAUGUCAGGGGAGGAGGAAGAUGCUGGCUGAAGAUGUCAGACCAUACUGAGUUACCUAUCCUCCAGGUGUGUCAGAGAUUGCAGAUGUCAGGGGAGGAGGAGGAUGAUGGCUGAAGAUGUGAGCCCAUACUGAGUUACCUAUCCUCCAGGUGUGUCAGAGAUUGCAGAUGUCAGGGGAGGAGGAGGAUGCUGGCUGAAGAUGUCAGACCAUACUGAGUUUCCUAUCCUCCAGGUGUGUCAGAGAUUGCAGAUGUCAGGGGAGGAGAAGGAUGCCAACUGAAGAUGUCAGACCAUACUGAGUUACCUUUCUUCCAGGUGUGUCAGAGAUUAUAGAUGUCAAGGGAGGAGAAUGCUUGCUGAAGAUGCGACACUAUUAUGUAUCCUCCAGGUGUGUCAGGGGAGGAUGAUGGCUGAAGAUGUGAGGCUGUACUGAGUUACAUAUUCUUCAGGUGUGUCAGAGAUUGCAGAUGUCAGGGGAGGAGGAGGAUGAUGGCUGAAGAUGUGAGCCCAUACUGAGUUACCUAUCCUCCAGGUGUGUCAGAGAUUGCAGAUGUCAGGGGAGGAGGAGGAUGCUGGCUGAAGAUGUCAGACCAUAGUGAGUUACCUUUCCUCCAGAUGUGUCAGAGAAUAUAGUUUUCAAGGGAGGAGAAUGCUUGUUGAAGAUGCGACACUAUUAUGUAUCCUCCAGGUGUGUCAGGGGAGGAUGCUGGCUGAAGAUGAGGCUGGCUUCCAGGCCUUAGGUACCAAGUACUGCCAUUCCCACGUCCUAUCUGCCACAGCCACCUCCAGGUCUUAUCUACCACAGCCACCCCAGUCCCUAUAUGGCACAGCCACCUCCAGUCCUUAUCUACCACAGCCACCCCCAGGUCCUAUCGACCACAGCCAACUUUAGGUCUUAUUUAUCACUGCCACCCCCAGUCCCUAUCUGCCAAAGCCACAUCCAGGUCUACCACAGCCACCUCCAGUCCUUAUCUACCACAGCCACCUCCAGGCCCUAUCUACCACAGCCACCUCCAGGCCCUAUCUACCACAGCCACCUCAGUCCCUAUCUACCACAGCCACCUUUGUCUUAUUUAUCACUGCCACCCCCAGCCCCUAUCUGCCAUAGCCACCCCCAAGUCCUAUCUGCCACAGCUAAUUCCAGUGCAUGUCUGCCACAGCCAGCUCCAGGUCCUAUCUACCUCAGCCACCUUCAGGGCCCUUCUUCCGGGCCCAUUUUCCACAGACACCUUCAGGCCCUAUAUACCACAGUCACCUUCAGGCCCCAUCUGCCCACCUCCAGGCUGUUUCUAACACAAUCACCCUCAGGUCGUAUCUACCUACCUCCAGGUUCUAUUUACCACAGCCAUUUUCAGACCCUAUCUGCCGACCUCCAGGCUCUGUCUACCACAGCCACCUCCAGGCCCUAUCUACCACAGCCACCUUCAGGGCCCAUCUUCCACAGACAUCUUCAGGCCCUAUCUGCCCACCACCAGGCUCUUUCUAACACAGUCACCCCCAGGUCAUAUAUACCCACCUCCAGAUUUUAUCUACCCCAGCCACCAUUAGGGUCUGUCUACCACAGCAACCUUGUGGGCCAUAAUACCAUAGCCAUCUUCAGGCCCUAUCUACCUCAGCCACCACCAAACCAUAUGUGCUACAGCUAUCUUUAGAGUCUGUCUACCACUACAGAAUGCUAUCUACAGGUUUGCAACUAAAGGUAAAGGACAGAUGUAGAGUAUAGUGCCUUUUAUUAUAACACGUAAUGCUAUGUAAUAAACUUAAAUACUCAUGCUGGCUUCCUCUCCAGCCGUAUGUGGGAAGGUCUGCCAGCAACCUGCGAGUGGUCGUGGGUUUCCCCUGGGCUCUGCCCAGUUUCCUCCCACCGUAAUGCUGGCCGCAGUCACAUAAGUGAAAUAUUCUUGAGCACGGUGUUAAACACCAAUCAAAUAAAUCAGUAAAUAAAUAUGUAAUAAACUGCUGCUGAUGGUAAAAGUGUUUGAGUUUAAUUUGGUACUUUGGUUUUCCUUAUAAGACAGCAAUAUGUAAGGGGAGACCACUUUUAACGGCCAAUUACUGGAUGCAAACAGGUCUUAAACUUUAAGUUCAACAAAAUAAAGUGAAAGACUUACGUGUACUUAGGAUAGGAGAAUUUUAAUUCCCUUUGUUUCAUUAAAUUCAAAACUUUCAUGCAGAAAGAAAGGCAGCAGCUUAAUACAAGUGAAUUUUUGUAUUUCAUUAACGUUUCGAAACUUUUCAUUAUUUUUUUCUUGUGUUAUACAACAAAACGUGCCAGCUUUUCUCACUUUGGCUCUUGAACUUAACUUCACUUUUGUUCUGUAUUUUUAUUUUCAGAAAUUGUUCUGAGUGGCACCUGGAUA